AGGAAAAAUGGAGGGAUGUGUCUGGGCGCCGGGGAUGAGUUCCUGGCUUCUUCCAGUCAAUCGCGGCGCAUUCUUCCAGCUGAAUCUCUGCUGCUGCGGUCGCAAGGCGGCGUUUCGACGAUUGAGGCAUUGCUCGAGGCGGAAUGUCAUCAGUGCGUUCUGGCAAGGCGAUCAGAAUGUGAGGGACGAUGGUGGAAUUGACGAGCAACGACAGCUGCUAGAGGCGUUUAGUGUUAAGGAGCAAACAGUGGACAGUAAAACGCCUAGAGGCGAGCUUUCUACUGCUGCGAUCAAUGCGAUUGAGCAAUUCAGUCGAUUGAGUGGAGUGACAGGCAGGAGGAUGAGAGAACAUUUCGAAAGAUAUGCUCCAGUUUCUGUGCAAAACGAAGCACGAAACUUACUCGAGUUUUGCUGCUUUCGGUUCCUGGGAAGAGGCUCUGGAGAUUUCAUACCAAACUUAAAGGAUGCUGCGUUUCGACGUCUCACCUUUAUAACAAUGCUGGCAUGGCAGCAACCUUACAUGGAAGCUCAAGAAAAAAUUCAAACACUUGUACAAGAACCAGCGUUUGCAAGAAUCGCGCCCUCCGUACCUGGAGCUGCCGACGUAGCCACGGCGCACCACCUGUUUAAAGCUCUUACUGGCGACAAAGAUGGUUUGUCGUUUGACACUUGGGAUAGAUAUCUUUGCGAGCUGUGCGGUGUUGUAAAUGGUCGACACAUUUUUCGUCAGGAAUGUAACUUAGAGCUCGAUCGUGACGAAAGUCUUAUUUGUAUUGGAGCUAGCCGGAGGCAACCUGUACAGAAAUGGGAUAAUGGGAUGGCGUGGCCUGGAAAUUUGACUAUGACGGAUCGUGCUCUCUAUUUCGAGCCUUUCAGGAUUGCUUUCCAGGAUAAACAAACACUGCGUCUCAGUUUUGAUGGACCCGAGGCUAAAAUUGAACGUAGGAGAGUUGGGCCCCUCGGGAUGGAGCUCUUUGAUUCUGCAAUUUCGAUUUCUUCGAGCUCGGAGGACGAUCCAUGGGUGCUGGAAUUUGUCGACUUCACAGGUAGAGGUCGCCGGGAAAUUUGGUACCUGUUCAUUCUAGAAAUGAUGAUGGUGCACAGGUUUAUUCGAGAGUAUGCUCCAAAGACGAGCGAAACUUCUCCAGAAUACGCUUACGUCUCCAAGACUGGAAGGAGAAGGGCCAUAAACAGUGCGCUGCUUGGGAUAGCAAGGUUUCAAGCUUUGCAAGCUACCUUAAAGAAAGCACCGGAGCAUCCAGAGAAACUUCUCCAGUAUUCAUAUGUUUCGAGGACAGCAGCUGGGUUCUUGGUGCUUCAAUCGCUGGCAGUAGACUUUUGGGGUGGUAGGAUGGAGCUAAGCUCUUACGAGAACUCGCAGGUCUCGAAAAACAACGAACUCACUUCAAGCGGCUAUAUAGUUGGCACGGAUGGUAGCAUCUACUUUCGAAAAUGGAUGGACUCAGAGACGUGGAACCGCGCAGAGUCCAUAGCAUUUUGGAGGCAAAGACUGGGAGGAGGAGGCAUGGUUCUGGGAAAGAAUCACGUAGUUGGAGGCUUGAGUCAGCUGGAGAGGGCAGUGGGGGAAUGCAAGGAGCAAAACAGGGAGCUUGAGUUGACGAAAGCAACCAUUGACGGGGCUAUAAUCGCAGGAAUUCCAGAAAACAUUGAUCUUUUCAAGGAACUUAUGUCCCCUUUGCUAGCGAUGGUGAUGGAGCUUAAGAAACUUAAAGAAUGGAAGGAGCCACCAAAGACACUGGCGUUCUUGGCGUGCUUCUAUGGUGCCUUAUACUUGAGAUGGCUGCGCUACGUUUUUCCCAGUGUUUUACUUAUCAGUAGCAUCGGAGUUUUGGCACUGCGAGGUUUGAGAGCCAGUGGACACGUAGAGCCGGACUUUGGAAAAGUUACAAUCCAGGAACAACCUCCCUCCAACACACUCCAAAAGAUAAUAUCCCUGAAGGAAGCUCUGGCUCAACUGGAGACGUUCCUCCAGAACGUCAACGUAGCUCUCUUGAAGCUCCGGACGAUCGCUCUGUCCAGCAAUCCAAAGGCGACCAACUUGGCUUUGCUCUCCGUGAUCGCUGCCGCUGGCCUUCUCGUGACGCUGCCAUUCCAGAUCAUCGUGGCCCUCCUUGUCCUGGAUCAGUUCACCAUGGAGCUCAAGUUCCGGAGGCCAAUGGUGCGUGAGUUUCUCGCUCGACUCAAGGCCUGGUGGGAGAGCGUCCCUGCCGCGCCGGUUGUGGUGGAGCGCUUGGAGAAGCCUGACAACAGCUUGCCUCUACUGCCGGACAAUCCCGUGAUCAAGGGCGACGUUGUCAUGGAGACUCUCAACCAGUGGUUUGGAGAGAAAUAGUUGCGCCUCGUAUUUGUUUAUGUACAUACUACCUUAUACGCCUAGGAUUAAUAAAUGCUUAUCUGUGUUUGUCCUGCCGUUA